AUGGACGGUGGCCAGACCACAACCAAUACCGCCCCCGCGGGCAACUCCAGCGAUUUUGUGCGGAAACUUUACAAAAUGCUGGAGGAUCCGUCCUACUCGGAGAUUGUGCGGUGGGGUGAUGAAGGGGACAGUUUUGUCGUCUUGGAGUGCGAGAAAUUUACGAAAACCAUCCUUCCCAAACAUUUCAAACACAGCAACUUUGCCAGCUUUGUACGACAACUAAACAAGUACGACUUCCACAAAGUGAGACAAAAUAAUGAAGAGAAUGGUCAAUCACCGUAUGGCCAGAAUGCAUGGGAAUUCAAGCACCCCGAAUUCCGAGCGAACAGCAAAGAGUCACUCGACAACAUUCGACGAAAGGCACCCGCCCCUCGGAAACAGGCCCAGAGCAACGAAGAUUCUGUUCCAACGCAACAGAUCGAUCUCUUGAAUCAGCAAAUAGUGGCGCAGCAACAACAAAUCCAGCAUCUUUCGGAUCGUUAUGCACAAUUAACUGUCGACCAUCAGAUCAUGCUGCAGGAAGUUAUGAGAGUUCAGAAAACAGUCCUCAACCACGAACAUGUAAUCCACCAACUGAUGACAUAUCUCUUAUCAGUGGAUGCUCGUCAACGGCGAGACAGUAAAGCAUCCGGACCUUUCCAGGCACAAGGUCAAGGGGGGUCGACCUUGAGCCCUUCCCAGGUGGCGUCGAUGGACGAUGAACCUUCGUCGCCCUUGCAGCACGCCUCGAAGCUUCUCAAUGAUAUGAAUGCCGAAAUUCAGUUCAAUCUCGGCGGCCUUGAUUCGUUAGGGGAGCCACCCAAAACAGGUCCCGUUGUGGCCACGACGCCCGCAAUGGAUGCUGCACCGCGGAAUGGCGUGGUGCGACCGCCAACUGCAGCCGCUGCGACCCCCGCAAACCCAGCCAAUCCGACCAAUGCCGCGACCACAGCCUUGGUGUACCCGAAGAUGAACGGCGAUAUUGAACCCGUCGUGUACCCUGUGGGCGCUACUAAUGGUAUCGAUCCGAUGUACAGCGAGCAUGUUAAUAAUGUGCCAUAUCCAAUGCCGCCCAAGCAAGAAGUCGACGACGCUCGGAGACAGUUCGCAGACAAUCGGAAGAAGAGCACGAAUGUUGAUCCGGGUUGGAUGCGUAGUCCCCAUAUCUUGCUGGUCGAAGAUGAUGCGACGUGUCGUCAAAUUGGCGGGAAAUUCCUAUACUCCUUUUCUUGUGUCAUUGAUACUGCCUUCGAUGGACUCGAGGCGGUGAACAAAAUUCAGGAUGGCUCGAAGUACGAUCUUAUUUUGAUGGAUAUAAUUAUGCCCAACCUGGACGGUGUCUCAGCAUGUCACCUCAUUCGGCAGUUUGAUAGGACGCCGAUCAUUGCCAUGACAUCCAACAUCCGGAGUGAUGACAUUCAGCUUUACUUCCAGCAUGGAAUGGACGAUGUUCUUCCCAAGCCCUUCACGCGAAAGAGUCUUCUGGAUAUGUUAGAAAAGCACCUGGUUCAUUUAAAGACCAUUCCGCAAGGCAUGGAAACUACCCAACCCACGGCAGCGGUUACAAUGGCUGCACAGAGCUCGGCAGCCCAGUCCGUCAAAGAAGAUAGUUCUCCUAGCCAGUCACCAGCCACUUCCAUAAACAACUGGCAAACUCCCGGCCAAUUCCAGGGCAUGGCCGCAGUUCACCCUAAUCUCCAGCAGGUACAAGGCCAAUACGUACCUGCAACCCCCGCCACUGCCGCUGCAUAUGCGGUAGACCAAAAUGGGGUGCACUGCAGCACGGCCACAACCACGACGCAGGUCUCCGACAUGGCCAGUGCUGCCGAGAACCCCAAUCUCGCGAAGCGACAGCGUGUAUAUGCGCACCAACCUCAAACGAUGGUCAAUCCCGUUCAAGCUGCACGGACCGGCUGA